CAUAAUAUUCACCAUUACAUUAAAGCGAUACAACUCUGUUCUGUGCAUGUGCUCUGUUCUUAAUUCCCCUGUAUUUUUUAAGUUCACGGAGCUCUUUUAAUAGUCUCAUUGAUUCGCUUUCUCUCACUUCUCCCUCUGUUCUUUCUCUGCCUGUGAACUCACAAGCACGAGCAAACAAAAUUAUAAAAGAAUCAAAAUACCAUACACUUUUUCAAUUUCUCACUUUGUUACCUCCUCACUUCACAAAGCAAACAUGUCAACUCAUUCAUCAUCAUCUUCUUCUUCUUCUAUCUGGGCAGUGUCGAACAUAAAGCUUCAGUUCUUUGCCCGCAUCAGACGGUUUCUACAAUCCAAAGCAACCCGAAAGCGCUGUGACGCCUCUGAUCGAUUCAUCAUAGCGAAAAGCAGGGCUGAACAGAACAACAACAAGGAUGAAAAUCUUGAAACAGUUCAAGUUAUGGAGGCGAAGCAUGAGGAGGAGGAGGAAGAAUUUGAGGAGUCUGCGAUCACCCUGUUGCAGAGGACUGUGAAGAUGCUUCACUUUGGGAGCUGGGAAGAGAAGGAGGUGGCUGCAAAGGAGAUUGGAAGGUUAGCUAAAGAGGAUGUCAAGGUUAGAAAGUUGAUAACGGAACUCGGGGUGGUGCCGGUGUUGGUAUCGAUGGUGGCGUCGCCGGUGGCUACCCGCCGCCAGGCAGGGUUGACGGCGUUGAUCCAACUAGCUGAUGGAACCUACACGAACAAGGCUUUGAUAAUGGAGGCAGGAAUAUUGUCCAAGCUGCCUAAGACAGUUGACCUUGUAGAUGAAUCAACAAUGAGUGAUUUUGCAGAGUUGCUUUUGUCAUUGUCUUCUCUUGCAAACACUCAAUUCCCUCAUUCUUCAUUAGAUUUUAUCCCAUUUCUAAGAGAAAUCCUUGAGACAAGCUCAAAUUUUGAUACCAAAGCAUCAUGUUUGGGAGCUUUAUACAACCUAUCAACUGUGUUGGACAAUGUGGGGCCUUUGGUUUCUAAUGAGAUUGUCCCUAUCCUCUUGGAACUGUCCUUAGUGAAAGAAAUUUCAGAAAAGGCACUAGCCACUCUUGGGAACUUGGUGGUGACUUUGAUGGGAAAGAAAGCAAUCGAGAACAACUCAAGGGUGCCAAUAAGCUUCAUUGAUAUCUUGUCAUGGGAAGAUAAACCCAAAUGCCAAGAGUUAUCUGUUUAUAUUUUGAUGAUUCUUGCACAUCAAAGCUCAUCUCAGAGGGAGAAAAUGGCACAGGCUGGGAUUGUUCAUGUGCUUCUUGAAGUGGUUUUGUUGGGGAGUGAUUUGGCUCAGAAGAGAGCAAUGAAACUGUUGCAAUGGUUUAAGGAUGAAAGGCAAACAAGGAUGGGGCCACAUUCAGGUCCACAAACACCAAGAUUUGCAAUGGGCUCACCUGUGAAUCAAAGAGAUGUGAAAGAAGGGAAGAAAUUGAUGAAGAGUUUGGUGAAACAGAGUUUGAAUAGGAAUUUGGAAAUUAUAACUCAGAGGGCAAAUGCGUCUGGGGAGUGUUCUAAUCAGAAGUCUUUGGUUAUCAGCACUAGUUCUAAGAGUUUGCCUUACUAAAGAGUAAAGACUUCACUUCUGUUUUUUUUCUAAAUUUUGAUGUUGACUAAGUUUUUUAGCAACUUAGACUUUCCUGAUAUGUGCUAUUCUUUGGCACCUGCCAACUCUGAAACUUGAAAAAACGAAAAUGUCUCCUUGACAUGUCUUGCUAGCUACCACAUUUGUAUAUGUGAAUAUAAAUGAAAAGUUUCCAAUGAUAGAAAAUUGUUAAAUUAAUGGGAACUAAAAGGAAUCAGUUAAUUGAUCAGCGUGUAAAUUUGUGA